GGUGUAUUCCGGGAGGGAGGCGAAUAGUGACCAGUGCGAGCGAAUAGUCAUCGAUUGGCAUUAAUGAUCUUACACCGGAGAGGAGUCUUUGUGAGAGUUAAUUAAAAGCACAGGUGAUCAUGGACCCAAACAUCAGCGCACUCAGGCAGAAACUGGCUGACGCCGGCCAGUCUCACCUCCUGCAGUUCUGGAACGAGCUGAGCCCUGAAGAGCAGGCCGAGUUGACCCAAGAACUGGAGGGUAUGGACUUUCAGGAGAUCAACGGAUUCUUCAAGAAUGCCAUGCAGACAUCUAACAGCAGCAAACAAGGGAAGAUGGACUGCCGCAUGGAGCCCGUGCCCAGGGAGGUGCUGGGAAGUGUGACGAGAGACAGGGAGAGCGUCAAAGACUGGGAGCUGACAGGUCUUCAGUGCAUCUCUAAGAAUAAAGUGGCAGUCUUACUGCUGGCAGGAGGCCAAGGAACCAGGCUGGGGGUCUCGUACCCCAAAGGCAUGUACGACAUUGGGCUGCCGUCCCACAAAACCCUCUUUCAGAUCCAGGCUGAGCGCAUCUUGAAGCUGCAACAGCUGGUUGAGCAGUCGCACAAAACCAAGUGCUGUAUCCCCUGGUACAUCAUGACGAGCGGCAGGACAAUGAAAUCCACAAAGGAUUUUUUCUCCAAACAUAACUAUUUUGGUUUGGACAAGAACAGCGUGGUCUUCUUUCAGCAGGGCAUGCUGCCGGCCAUGGACUACAACUGCAAGAUCAUCCUGGAGAGCAAAGGAAAGCCCUCCAUGGCUCCGGACGGUAAUGGGGGUCUUUACAGAGCUCUCGGGAACCAGGGUAUCCUGGAUGACAUGGAGAGGAGGGGGAUUGAGUCCAUCCAUGUUUAUUGUGUUGAUAACAUUUUGGUCAAAGUGGCUGACCCUGCCUUUGUUGGUUUCUGUGUGCAGAAGGGAGCGGACUGUGGAGCUAAGGUGGUGGAGAAAACAAACCCGACAGAAGCAGUAGGCGUUGUCUGCAAGGUGGAUGGUCAUUACCAGGUGGUGGAGUACAGCGAGAUCAGCCUGGCAACUGCUGAGAAGCGGAGCGCCGAUGGUCGUCUGAUGUUCAACGCAGCAAACGUGGCCAAUCAUUUCUUCAGCUUCUCCUUCCUCAGAGACAUAGUGCAGAAAUACGAGCCCCAGCUGCAGCACCACGUGGCCCAGAAGAAGAUCCCAUAUGUGGAUGCUCAGGGUCAACUAAUCAAACCAGAGAAACCAAACGGCAUCAAAAUGGAAAAGUUUGUCUUUGACAUUUUCCAGUUUGCCAAGACGUUUGUUGUGUAUGAGGUGCUCCGAGAGGACGAGUUCUCCCCGCUGAAGAACGCAGACACUCAGGACGGAAAGGACACACCCACCACAGCCCGACACGCCCUGAUGUCCCUCCACCACCGCUGGGUGCUCAACGCUGGGGGACAUUUCAUUGACGAGAACGGCAGACGUGUGCCCGCCAUACCCAGAGACGGAGCAGCAGGCAGUGUCACAGAUGAUGGCAAGAGAAACCUGAAGGAUGGAACGGACCUGCCGAUCAAAUGCGAGAUCUCCCCACUGGUGUCGUACGGGGGAGAGGGUCUUGAGGAGCUGGUGAAGGGAAAAGAGUUUCAACCAACUCUGACGAUCGAUAAGGAGGGAGUCCACCAGCUGGUGAAGAAUGGGGUGUAAUGACUGAACGGGAGAAUGCGGGGAAGGAAACGGCCCAACUUCCCUUUAUCUCUCAUUGUAUGGGAAGAGAAACUGUGAUGUCAUCGCUGUGCAAUAACAAAUAUCACACACAU